ACGGAGGGGUCCUUCAUGAAGCCUGCCUGGCUGCACGUGAGUGUCCACAAGAUGCCUGCUCGCUCUUAGACUGCGGCGACGAUUCUAGAGACUUUUUAUCGACAAAGGAAAAAAUGGCAACUGUUCGCAAGAAGGUUGACAACAGGAUUCGUGUGCAGAUAGAGAAUGGCGUCGCUCUGCAGCAUCGCACCAUGUUUGUGGUGGUGGGAGACCAAGGGAGGAAUCAGGUGGUGAUUCUGCAUCACAUGCUGUCCAAAGCCAGCGUCCGAGCACGGCCGUCUGUUCUGUGGUGCUACAAGAAAGAACUGGCCUUCAGCAGUAAUCGUAAGAAGCGGAUGAAGCAGCUGCAGAAGAAAAUCAAAACUGGCACCCUGAAUCUGAACCAGGAUGACCCUUUUGAGCUUUUUGUCGCCGCCACCAACAUCCGCUACUGUUACUACAACGAGACACACAAGAUACUUGGAAACACCUUCGGCAUGUGCGUCAUACAGGACUUUGAAGCUCUCACUCCCAACCUUUUGGCCAGAACUGUUGAGACGGUUGAAGGCGGUGGUAUCGUGGUCAUUUUACUACGCACCAUGAACUCACUUAAGCAGCUGUAUACAAUGACCAUGGAUGUGCAUGCCCGUUACAGAACCGAGGCCCAUCAGGAUGUGGUUGGAAGGUUCAAUGAGAGGUUCAUUUUGUCCCUUGCGUCCUGCAAAAACUGUGUCGUUAUUGACGACCAACUCAACAUUCUGCCCAUUUCCAGCCACAUGGCCAACAUCAAACCUGUUCCUCCAAAGACACAGGAGGACGGUUUGUCUCCACAAGAACAGGAGCUGAAGGACCUGAAGGAGUCUCUUCAGGACACUCAACCUGUGGGAGUUUUGGUGGAGAAAUGCAAGACCAUGGACCAGUCCAAAGCAGUACUGAAAUUCAUCGAAGCCAUCUCAGAGAAGACACUCAGGAGCACCGUGGCUCUGACGGCUGCUCGUGGCCGUGGCAAAUCUGCAGCCCUGGGACUCGCUGUCGCCGGAGCCGUGGCUUUUGGCUACUCCAACAUCUUUGUGACUUCACCAAGCCCAGACAACCUCCACACCAUGUUUGACUUCAUCUUUAAAGGCUUUGAUGCUCUUCAGUAUCAGGAGCAUCUGGACUACGAGAUCAUCCAGUCGCUAAAUCCCGAAUUCAACAAAGCAGUUGUGAGGGUGAACAUCUUUAAAGAGCACAGGCAGACCAUUCAGUACAUCCAUCCGGGCGAUGCUGUCAAACUGGGCCAGGCUGAACUUCUGGUCAUUGAUGAAGCUGCAGCCAUCCCAUUACCGCUCGUCAAGAACCUUCUGGGACCAUAUCUGGUUUUUAUGGCCUCCACCAUCAAUGGCUAUGAAGGCACAGGUCGCUCCCUCUCCCUCAAACUGAUCCAGCAGUUGAGACAGCAGAGUGCAGACAGCCAGCAGAGCAUGUCCGCAGAGAACAGAAACACCAACACAGCCAGGCUAGCAGCAGCUCGUACUCUACAUGAAGUCAGCCUCCACGAAUCCAUUCGGUACGCACCAGGCGACGCGGUAGAGAAGUGGCUGAAUGACGUGCUCUGCCUGGACUGUCUGAACAUUCCCAGGCUCAUAACUGGUUGUGCACUUCCACAAACGUGUGAUCUGUAUUACGUAAACAGAGACACACUCUUUUGCUACCAUAAGGCAUCUGAGGUCUUCCUGCAGAGACUGAUGGCCCUCUAUGUGUCGUCCCAUUACAAGAAUUCCCCCAACGACCUGCAGAUGUUAUCUGACGCUCCGGCCCAUCAUCUCUUCUGUCUUCUGCCGCCUGUUCCUCCCACGCAGAAUUCUCUGCCUGAAGUCCUUGCUGUGGUCCAGGUGUGUCUCGAGGGAGAAAUAUCCCGACAGUCCAUCCUUAACAGUCUCUCCAGAGGGAAGAGAGCAUCGGGCGAUCUCAUUCCAUGGACUGUGUCAGAACAGUUCCAAGAUCCUGAUUUCGGUGGCCUGUCUGGAGGCAGGGUGGUGCGGAUCGCUGUGAACCCCGAAUAUCAAAGGAUGGGCUAUGGUUCGCGAGCGCUCCAACUGCUGCAGAUGUACUACGAGGGCAAGUUUCCCACUCUUGAUGAGAACGACACAAAGAACAACGAAAUUACCACAGUCAGCAGUGAGGCAGUCACGCUCCUGGAGGAAGUGGUUACUCCACGUAAGGAACUCCCGCCUCUCUUGCUGAAACUGAGUGAGAGACCAGCUGAGCGACUGGACUAUUUAGGAGUCUCCUACGGCCUCACCACACAGCUGCUCAAGUUCUGGAAGAAAGCAGGUUAUACUCCAGUCUACUUAAGACAAACACCUAACGACCUGACGGGAGAGCACUCGUGUGUGAUGCUGAAGGAGCUGACCACCGAAGAGGAGCAGAGCCCGUGGCUGUCUGCAUUCUGGCAAGAUUUCCGCCGACGCUUCCUGUCCCUGCUCUCCUUCCAGUUCUGCAACUUCCCCCCCAGCUUGGCCCUCAACAUCCUGCAGAACAAGAACGCCAAGGAGGCCGUGAGCACCAUGAGCAGCUCGCAGCUGGCGGUCCACUUCAGUCCCUACGACCUCAAGCGCCUGGAGCUGUACUCCCGCAGCAUGGUGGACUACCACCUCAUCAUGGACCUGGUCCCCAGCGUGGCACGCCUCUUCUUCCUCAAACAGCUGGGUGACCUCUCCUUGUCGGCAGCACAAUGCGCUCUGCUGCUGGGCUUGGGGCUGCAACACAAGUCCGUGGAGCAGCUACAGAAGGAGAUUGACCUCCCCAGCUUGCAGCUUUUGGGGCUCUUCAACCGUCUCAUGCGCAAGUUUGUGCAAGUUUUUACCAGCAUUCAGGAAAAGGCCAUCGAAGCAGAGAUGGCGAAGACAAAAGACGUCAGCAUGGAGCCAACUGUCCUAAGUCUUCAGGACGAUCUAGAUGAUGCGGCGAAGGAGUUUGAGGAGAAACACAAGCAGGACAAAGAGAAAGUGAGAGACCUUGACCUGGAACAGUACAAGAUCCGCGGCGACGAUGAGGAAUGGGACGAGGUGCUGAAGACGGCCGGCGGCACGGCCAUGGUCAGCAUCAAAAGUGACAAGAAGAGGAAGCUGGGCGGAGGAAAGGAGGCGUCGACCAAUGGCGGCGUGGUGCACGGGAAGCAAAGGAAGACGGAAGUCCAGCACGGAAAGUUCAAGAAGAACAAACAUGGCAAAUCUGGAAAGAAGGGGUUCAAGUGAUGUCACUUUAUUAAAUGAUGUAGAAUAAAUAGACGCCUUUUUUAAUGAAAA